GUUGCCAGUGAACAACCACAGGGCGGGCCGAAGACAGUAAUCACGGCACUACAAGAAGAAUUCGCAAGUGGUCGUGAAUUGAGGACGAGACUAAGUGAACAGAGGAAGUCUAUAUAUUUUAAAGAAGCCAUUUAAGUGUAAAAGAUGAAGGUGCACUCGACGUCGCCCAUGGUGGUGGUGGCCAACAGGCUGCCCUUCUGCCUUGGCUACCAUCCUGACACAGGAAAACUCAUCAGGAAACAAUGUGCUGGGGGCCUGGUGACGGCCGUGGCGCCGGUGGUGGUGGAGACCAAUGGGCUCUGGGUGGGCUGGUCCGGACUCCAUCUCGAGGAUGAUAAUGUGGAAAUUCCUGAAUCUGACCCAAAUGACCAGACGCCUACGGCAGGUCUCAAAAGCAAUCAGGUGAUCCCGGUGAACCUACCCAAGAAACUGUUUGACGACUACUACAACGGGUGCUGCAACGCCACCUUCUGGCCACUCUUCCACUCCAUGCCUGACCGCGCAACCUUCCAGGCGGACAUGUGGGAGGCUUAUCGGAAAGUGAAUGCAGAAUUUGCCAGACUGACAAUAGAGGCGGUGAAACAACUGUCUGAGACCCAUCCUGGGUCUGUUCCUCUGGUGUGGCUCCACGACUACCAUAUGAUGUUGGCUGCAAAUACUAUUCGCGAGAAAUGUGACGAAUUGGACCUUCCCAUCAAGAUGGCAUUUUUCCUUCAUAUUCCCUUCCCAUCGUGGGAUAUUGUGCGUCUAUUUCCCUGGGAUGAUGAACUACUUCAGGGUAUUUUGGGGUGUGAUUCCAUUGGCUUUCACAUUGAUGAUUAUUGUUUAAAUUUCAUAGACUGCUGUCAAAGACGUCUCGGUUGCCGUGUUGACAGACAACAGAUGUUGGUUGAACAUAACUCUCGGACAGUAUCCAUCCACCCUCUACCCAUUAGUAUUCCCUAUUCCCGCUUUGUGGAGUUGGCAGAGAAGGCGCCGCAGGUAGUGAAGAACAACCCACAGGAACAACUGUUAUUGGGAGUGGACCGUCUUGACUAUACUAAGGGACUUGUUCAUCGCAUCAAAGCCUUUGAAACCCUUCUCCAGAAACACCCAGAGUUGAUAGAGCGCGUGACCUUCCUCCAGGUAGCAGUCCCAUCACGCACAGAUGUGAAGGAGUAUCAAGACCUGAAAGAAGAGCUGGAUCAAAUGAUUGGCCGUAUCAAUGGCAGAUUUUCUACACCCAAUUGGUCACCUAUCCGCUACAUCUAUGGUUGUGUAUCGCAAGACCAGCUAGCAGCCUUCUAUCGUGACUCUUCUGUGGCAAUCGUUACACCACUGAGAGAUGGAAUGAACCUUGUGGCUAAAGAAUUUGUUGCUUGUCAGACAGGUGAGCCUGGGGUCCUCAUUCUCUCUCCAUUUGCUGGUGCUGGAGCCUCAAUGCAUGAAGCUCUUCAUGUUAAUCCUUACGAGACAAAUGAAUUCGCUGACACAAUAUACCGUGCACUUACAAUGCCUAAAGAUGAGCGGGAGUUGCGUAUGAAACAACUGCGUCGCCGUGAACGAGAAUACGACGUGAAUUUCUGGCUCAGGUCCUUCUUGAAAUCAGUUGACUGUCUCAGUGAUGCUGACAAGACAAUGACACCUAGUCGCUUACUACCAAUGUGUGAGGAAGACUUUACAGAAUAUUUGGGUUCAUAUGUUACUGAAUCAUCACGCCUGGCGCUGCUAAUGGACUACGAUGGUACUCUGGCACCUAUUGCACCUCAUCCUGACUUGGCUCAGAUGCCAGUAGAAACGCGCCGUGUCUUAGAACGUUUGGCACAUAUGCCUGAUGUAAACAUUGCCAUCAUCUCGGGCCGAUCCAUGGAAAAUGUGAAGGCAAUGGUAGGCAUUGAAGGCAUAACUUAUGCUGGUAAUCAUGGGUUUGAAAUUCUACACCCAGAUGGGACCAUGUUCUCGCACCCUGUUCCUCAUGAUUACGAGGUCCACCUUGAUGAGCUCAAGAAGCGUUUGGAGGAAGUAAGUGUAGAGGGUGCAUGGGUUGAAAAUAAGGGGACAGGCAUUGCCUAUCAUUAUCGUGAGGUUCCAGGAGAUAAGGUGACAGAUCUUACAGCUAAAGCUGAAAAAGUGUUUAAGGAGGUGGGUAUUCCCAUCCACCAGUCCCAGUGUGCCUAUGAGGCCCGGCCCCCUGUGACCUGGGACAAGGGUCGUGCUGCAAUAUACAUUCUUCGCACUCUGUUUGGACUAGACUGGUGUGAUCGUGUGUCAACAAUCUUUGCUGGCGACGACAAAACUGAUGAAGAUGCCAUGAGAUCACUACAGGGUAUGGCUGUCACCUUCAGAGUAACAAGAUCUCAAAAUCUUAGAACAGCAGCCAUGCAUCGCCUACCCUCAACAGAUGCUGUACUUGCCAUGCUCAAAUGGGUCGAAAGAAGAUUAGGGUCUCGAGUGCCAAUUCCCAAUGGUCAAAGGUCAAGAACAGCAAGUGUAUCCAGCACAGGGAACCGGUCCCCACCACACUCCCCUUCCACCCCCCAUUGCCGUUCCCGCACAAACUCCAAAUCUGAACCCAAUAAACAGAUGAUGAUGUUUAAUGACAAACUGUAUCACCAGUACAUUGCCAAAAGAGCAUCUCCUCCCAGAUGUUCUAGCACAUCUCCACCUCAGUCUCCAACACGGUCCACUGUGUGAACCUUGCACAGUAUCAGUACAUUUGUCUUCUGUAUUUAUUGUAAUGAGCAUUUGAUGCCACCGAUCCUUGGCAGGUACCAGGGAAGUCCCAGGUCAGUUUGUGCAAAUUGGGAAGACAUCUUGCACCUCUGGACCACUGCGGAGAACCUCGCAAUUUUGGGUCAUUGUACAAAUGUCAUGCUUUUACAUAAUACUGUAUACAGUACCUUUUUUUAAGCAAACUUAGAUCAUAAAAUCUAUAGUUAUAAAAUAAUCACUGUAAUGAUUUUUCAGGAUGUGAUCAUUAUAGAUUUCUAAGUUGCAUAAAGCUUCUGCAUUGUAGGUAAUAAAUAGCCAGUGAAACAAAAUAGUCUAUUUGCAUUGCAUACAUAUUUUUCAGGUGUUAUUUGUAAUGUAUUUUAUAGAACAUAAUUUUUAAUAUAUAUAGUGUACAGAAUGAAUGAUUAAGUGUUACAAUUAUGUACGUCUCCUGUGAUAUCCCAGUGUUCUUAUACGAGUUCAAUACCAACAAUGGUGUGACUGUAUAUAGCUUUAAAUAGGCCUCUAUAAAUUGUUUAAUAAAGCCAGAUAAACUUG